UUUUACUUUUUGUAGGUUAUGUUUAUCAUCUGAGAUGAAUGCAUGACAAGAUUUGGAAGAGUGAAGUGAUUAUAAAUAAUAACUAUAUUGAUCUCAAAAUAUGGCCCUUUCAGUACUGCCACUCCACAAACAUCAGGAAUAUCUAAACGAUUGCUGCGACCUCAUAAAUGACGAAUGGAAACGAUCCAAAACUGCCCGGUUACACAGCCUGCAGAACUCUUGCGAUAACUUUCCUACAUCAUUAAUUCUUCUUGAAGAAAAAAAACUCGUGGGUCAUUUGAAACUGUCCGUCAUCCCCAGUAAGAAAAACGCAUGCUUCGUGGAGUCCGUGGUGAUAAAGAGGAGCCAUAGAGGAAAAGGAUACGGAACCGUUUUGAUGAAAGAAGCCGAAGCGUACUGUAAACUCACAUUGGGGCUUGACACAGUUUAUUUAUCGACGAGAGGGCAAGAAGAGUUUUACGUUAAGUUAGGAUACAUUGAGUGUAUGCCAGUGUCUAUAUACGGGAAUUAUGUAUUUUCAAAUGCAGCACCACUGCCGGUAUCUGAUAACAACAGUAUUAUCAAAACGUGCGUUACAGGAAACAUACCCUUGCCACCCCCUCUGCCCAUAUUCAAAAAUGUGAAGGAGAAGAUCUUCAUGAAAAAAGCAUUAUGAUGACUUUCAGGGACAAAAAUUUCGACUCAAACUAUUGGUUUUAUGGAACUUAUUAAUAAGAAUUGAAUCAACUGAAAGUUGAUUCAAGGCUCAAUUAUUAAGAACGGACAAGAUCAUACUUUAUAUGUAAAUACAAUAGAAUAAAACCUUUCACACUUAU